ACUUGCGAACAAUCACUCGCUAGUCUUACUAAAUCCCCACUUGUGAACAAUCACUCUCUGGUCUUCUCACAGUAUUUUCUUAGUACUUCCCUCAGAUUUCCUUGACACCACUAGCGGUCACAUUCUCAGGUCUUAUUUUUCUCUCAUUUCAUUAACUACCAAAUUCUUCUUCAUCAAUAUAUAUAACCGUCUUCUCUUAACCGCUACUCUUCACUUACCCAAAAAAAAAAAAAAAAUGUCUCUCACAAAUUUCUCAUUAUCAAUCCUUCUAGUACUCUCCCUAAUCUCCACUCUCUCUACCGCCCAAAACAACGCCGCCGUCUCUCCUCCCGGCGGCGCCGUAUCUUCUCCUGGAGGCGGCGCCGGAGGUGGUUCUGCUCCCUCUGGCGGCGGCGUAGGGGCGGCGGUGGAGUUGUGGUGUGUAGCGAAGAAUAAUGCAGAGGAUAAAGCUCUAAAAUCAGCGAUUGAUUGGGCUUGUGGGCCAGGAGGUGCUGACUGUGGGCCUGUACAGCCUGGUGGACCAUGUUAUGAUUCUUCCGAUAUUCAAAAAACGGCGUCGUGGGUGUUUAAUGAUUAUUUCCUUAAACAUGGAAUGAAUCAGGAUGCUUGUAGUUUUGAUAAUACCGCUGCUCUCAUUUCUAUUAAUCCCAGUCAUAAUGGAUGUAAAUUUCCAUCGAGCAAGAACUCGAGUGGAAGAUUUAGUGGGUCCACGAAUGUGGGAUUAGGUCCAGCCUCGCAAGAUUUGAGUAGCGGUAGUUCUAUUCUCAGGAGGUGGAUCUAUAUCUUGAUGGCCAUCAAUGUGCUGUUUGCGAGUCUGCUGAUUUUCUGAUGACACUAGAAUCUUCGUCUCAUUCCCACUGUAUGUAGUGUGUAGUAGCGUAAACAAUUUUGUUGAGAGCUCAAAAGCUCCAGGUAUUUGAUGUGUUGGUUCCAUGGGCUCUCUAAAAUCGUAGGGACCAGAAUUGAAGAAUUAUCAUCAGGAUAAUUCUUCUUAUUUUAUUUUCCAAUCAUGUGGUACGUAAUUCUAUAUUUAGAAAUGCAACUUUUUCCUUGAUUGCAAGCCUGAACUACCAUUGUAAGUCGAGUGCUGAUAUUAUAAAUCCGUUGCUACA